AUGAGUGCAAAAAUAAAUGAUGAAGUGAAAAAUAUAUCAACUCCUGAGAAAUUGAUAAGGUUAUCAAAUAAUCCUAAAGCACCUUAAAAAUUAUUGGGAGCCUCUAAUAAAGUGAAUGAAUAAGAAAUAAAAAACGUGAAAAGAAAACUAUUUACCGAUAAAGAAAAUGAAGUGAAUUUUAUUACAAAUUAAUUUAAUUGAAUAAUUUUAUUAUAUGCUAGUCUUAUUACUUUUAAUUAAAUUGAGUAUUUAAUAGACAACCCAUUAUGGAUUUUGGUUUCAAUAUUUACCUUUCUCUAAUAUAAAGGCAUCAGGAGAUUUCAUUUUAAACGACAAAUCCAUUUAUACUGGGUAAAAUAUAAUGGCAAACUACAAUUUUAAUUAAGGACCACCAUAUCAAAAAUUAUAUAUAUGGCUUUCAUUUAACUUUGUAACUUUAAAUAUUACAGUGAGUGAUGAUAAAACAAUUACUAAUUUCACUUAAGAUCCUAAAUAUUUUGAAGGAAUAUGGCAUUAUGUUUAUCUUGAGAGUUUAGAAGGAGGAUCAAAGUUAUAUAUAAAAGGAAGCAAAUUACAAAGUAUUUAAUUGAAUACGAAAAAAAUAAUUCCUGUAUUAAAUUAAUAUGGAAAAGUAAUUAAUAAUUUUAAUAUAAUUAUUAGGUGAGUAAUUUAAACUUUGAAUAUUUUCAUGGUAUAUAUAGUGAAGUAUAAGUGUUCACAAGAUAACCAUUUAAUAAUGAUAAUGAAUUUGAUGAAUUUUUUAUUAGAAAUAUUUAGAAUCCCUAAUCUUAUAACAAAAUUGUUAUUGAUAUUUUUGAUGGUCUAAAAAUAAUGGGAGAUACAUUUUAUUAAACCAAAUUGUAUAUGUUAGGGUAUAGAUAUCAAAUUAGAUGUUGGGUAAAAGUUAACUAUGAAAAUGUUUUAGAAAGACAAAGAUAUUUAUUGAUGAGAUUGACAUUAAAUGAAAAUUAUCGUAAUGAUAGUAUUUUGGGAGAUCGAGUAUUAUUAAUGAGUUACAUUUUGGAUUCAAGUUUAAAUAAUUAUAAUAUUUUUAAUGUAAGUGUUUUAGCUUACAAUUAUCCAUAUCCUUAAUUGUCUUAUACAACAAAAAGUAAAAAUAUAUUUGCAAUUUAAAAUACAACAAAUAGAGAUAGAUUUCAGAAAUGGCAUUAUAUUUAUUAUUAAUAUUUGAUUGAUUAAACUUAUAUAAAAGUAAUAUAUCCAAAUGAUUAAGAGUUAACUUAAACAUUUAAUGCAUUGUAAUUCCAUAAUCAAUAUGUUUAUUUAUAUGUUGGAGCAGAUAGCUUUUUUUAUAAAAGUUAUUUAGAAGGUAAAAUCCAAUUAGAAAUUACUUAUAAUUAUGAAGAAGAAUUACUAUAUGAAAUGAAAUGCCAUUAUUCAUGUUAAACUUGUAAUGGACCAACUUAAAAUGAUUGUGUUACAUGUCCAUAGAAUUCAAAUAGAUAAUGGAAAUUUGGUUUUUGUUCUUGUGAGUUUGGAUUUGUAGAUUUAGAUUUAACUCAAAAAUGUAAUAAAAUGAAUGAAUUAUAUCCAAUAAUGAAUCAAACCUAUUAAAAUAAUACAUUUAAGUGUAAAUAUGGUGAAUUUAUAAUUGAUAAUUAAUGUAUGUCUUGUCCUAGUUCAAUUAAUGAUUAUUAAUUAAUUUGUGCAGAUUGUUUACUUAAUUCAGGUAAUUGGCAUUAAAAUCCAGUUUGUACUUAUGAUUAUAAAAGAUAUUCUUUAACGUCAACUUAUAUCAAAUUUAUUAGAAAUGAAAGUUAAUAAGAAAUAUUUUAUAUUAAUAGUUAAUUAUAAAAUUUAUAAUUAUGUUGGGGAUGUUUAUAAUAUUGUAAUGAUAUAACAAAAAUAUCUUGUAUUGAAUUUAAUCAUUAGUAUUUUAGCUGCAAGACAGGAUAUUUUGUAUAAAAUAAUAUAUGUUAAAAAUGUAUGGAAAAUUGCAAUAAUUGUAAUAGUUCAUAAACAUGUACUUAAUGCAUUAAUCUAUUUGGAUUUGAUGGUUUUAAAUGUUAAAAAUGUCCAAUUAAUUGUGCCAUUUGUAAUUCAACUAUAAAUUGUUUGACUUGUUAACCUGGUUUUGCAUUAUUUAAAGGUGUAUGUUAUGGUUGUGGUGCCUAAUGCUCAAUUUGUGAAUUCUAUUUUGAUGAAAUUAAAUAAUCUCAUAUAAAUAGAUGUUUAAAAUGUACAGAUCCAUUAUUAUUUGAAAUAUCUUUUGAUGCUCUCAAAUGUUAAAUGAAUACUAUUAAAAAUUGUCUUUAUAGCAUUUCAUAAUAUUACUUUGUUGAUUAUCCUUAAACCACUAUUGAUUUAUAUUUUCAACCUAUGUAAAUAAGUUCAUUAAUAACAAAUAUUUGUGCAAGAUGUAUCUCUGGAUAUACAUAUUCUAAUAUUUCAUCUACAUGUUAUAAAUCAUCUUAAGUUUGUUAAGAAUCAGGAUUCUAUAAUAAUCCAUAUUAUUAUUGCUUAAUUGGUGGAGAAACAGCAACAUCAAUUUUAGGUUGUGAAUAAAAAUUACAGAAUUGUUAUGAAUGUGUAAAUUAUCUAAAUAAAAUUAUUUGCAUUAAUUGUUUUCCUGGUUAUUAUGCAGAUCAUAUUGUUGGAAUGUGUAUUUAAUGUCCAAAUUAAUGUUAAUCUUGUUCAUAAUAAUUUAAAAAGAAUAAAAGUAAUUGGAAAAAAGAUAUAAGACCAUUUUUUGAAUUUUAUGUUAACAAGAAUGUUAAUCAUGAUUAUCUCACUUAUGUAGAAUCAAGUAAUCCAGAUGAUUUUGAAAUAGUAUGUACUUCAUGUCAAAUAGGAUAUGAAGUAUAUAAUGAUAUUUGUAUAAAUAAAUGUCCACCAGAUUGUUUAGAAUGUUUGAUUAUUAAUAAUUCAAAAGUUUGUUCUAAAUGCUCUUAUUCAAAUAAUGGAUUAAUACUUAGUACAAAUAAUAAUUUAUGUUAUUAAUGUCAUACUUUAUGUAAGUUAUGUGUUCCAGCAUAAAAUGUGUCUAUAACUUAAUUCACUAAUUAAUGUUUAUUACCUGUAUUUGAAGAUACAAUCUUUGAUUCUAAUAUUUAUUAAUUUAGUAAUUGUUCUAAUGAUUAAGUUUGUUAAAUGAGUAUGUCUAUUACUUUGAAUUUGAUUUGUAUGUUAGAUUAAUCAACUUCAAAUAUUUUUGAUAUACCUUAUAAUUAAGAAUCAGAUUUAUCUUAUGUUUUUUAAUUGUUGUAUUCAAAAGGUAUGUUCAAUUAUAUGAAUGAAUAGAAUGUUUAAACUUUAAACAUUUACCUUACAACUUAAACUUGUACAUUUCCUAAAAAUUUAGUUAUUUCUCAAUAAUUCUCAGCAAAUGUUUACACUUUAAAUAGAGUAUCUUUAUAAAUUAUGGGAUUAACAAAUAAUUCAACUGUUUAUUUUUUAGGAGAUAUUUAUAUCAAAGAAUUUCAUUCUUUAUGGAUUAAAAAUUUAAAUAUUGAUUUCUCAGAUAUCUCUAUUACUUUCAAUUUUAACUUAGAUUAAAUAACCAUUGGUUUUGAAAAUGCAAACUUUUAUGGAUAAGGCUCUUUCUAUUUCUAAUAUUCUCAUUUAUAAUCAUUUUAUAUGAUAAAUAUGAAAUUAGAUGGAUUUUAAUUUUCUAAUUUAGAAUCUUUAUUAAAAGUAGAAUCAAUAAAAUCAAUCAUCAUUUAAAAUGUUAAAUUAUCAAAUGUUAUUUUUAGAAAUUCUACAUUAUUUUAAUUGUAAAAUGUUGAUGAAUUAAUAUUAAAUACUAUAACUAUAGAAUCAAACUAUUUAUAUAAUUCAAAGUUAUUUUACACUAAUUAAAUAAGUAAAGUUCAAAAUUUCAUUAUUAAAUGGACUUUCUUUGAAUUGUCAUUUGCUUUUUAAGGUUUAGAUUUUCAAUUCGAUAAUCUUUAAAUUCUUAUGAAUUUAUUAAUGGAUUCUUCAUAUAUAACUUAAUCAGAAAAUAUAUAAUUGUUGAAUUCAAUAUUUAAAGGAAAUUAUAUUACUUAAAAUAGUUACCUUAUCAAUAUAAAUUAAAAAACUCAUAUAUCUGAUAUAUUAUUGGAUAAUAUUUAAUUCUCACUUAAUUCAAUUUAUUAUUCUUCAAGUUUUCUUUAUGUAGAAUCAUAAACAUUACUUUAGAUUACAAAUUUAGAAAUGUAUAUGCUUCCAAUAGAAAAUGAUGUAAAUUAUGCAUAUCAAAUAUUUUCUAAUUCCUUUAUUUUAAAAGAUAGUAUAAUUGAAAUUAAUAAUUAAAUAAGUGCUAUAUUUGAAGCAACUAAUUUAGAUCUUUUUAGUUUUGUAAAUAUUACCAUUCAUUAAGAAUAUUAUUUGACUGGUUUGUCUCAAAAUUUAGAUUGCAUAUAUUUAUUAGAUUCUAAAUAACCAAUCAUUAAUUUAUUAAACAUCAAAAAAAUAGAAUUCUAAAUGGUAAAUUUUACUAAUAUUUUCACUUAUAAUCAACCAGUAAUUAAAAUAGGUAGUACCUAAUUCAAUUUUUAAUGUUUGAUUAACAUUAAUAAUUCUAUUUUCUAAGAUUCAUUGAUUAUCAAAUCUAAUAAUAAUAUUACUGUUGCAUUCAUAGUAAUAGAAUCUAAAAAUACUAUUUCUAUCAAUCUUACUAAUUCAAAUUUUAUAAACACAAUUUAUAAAGAAUAUAUUGGACUAAAUACUUAUGGAUCAUCAGCUAAUAAUUUGUAUUUAUUAGUUCCUUAGGGAUCUGUUUAUUUCUAUAAUAAUAUAUUUAGAUAAAACUUAAUUAUUGGUUCUUUAAAUUCCAAUAUGUAUAUUUAAUGUUAGAAAUUCAUAAUAGAAAAAUGCAUUUUUAAGGAAAUUAAUAUAGUUAAUAAACUAUUUUAUUAAGUACUCUCAUUUAAAUAUUAAGAUUUAUAAUACAAAGAGUAAUUGGAACAUGAUUUUAAAAUUAAGAGUUAUGGUGGAAUAGCUUAAAUUUAUGUUGAAGAAAUUUAAAUAUCUAACAGUUAAUUUGAAACUUAUAUUGGAUAUAAAGGAGGAUGUAUGUACAUAAUAACUCUCAAUAAUGGAAUCUUUUCGAUUAUUAAUACAAUAUUCAAAAAUGGAUAAGCUAUUAUUGGAUAACUUGAGAGUUAAGGUGGAACCUUAAUUAUAGAUAGCAAAGGUUCUAAAUUGAAUUUUCAAAUAAUUAAUUGUACAAUCGAAAAUAGUUGGAGUUUUGAUAAAGGAGGGUUUGCUAUGAUAACUUUAUCAGAUUUAUCAUCUAUUAUAUUCUAAAAUGUUUCUAUAAUUGAUGCUCAUUCAUUAUAAUCAUCAAUAAUUUCAAUUGAAAUAAAUGAUUUUCUAUAAUAGUAAUAUCUAUUAUAAAUUGAAGAUUGUAUGAUUCAAAAUACAAAAAUAGGAUAUGAAGAUUAUUUAAAAUUACUUUAAAUGAAAGAUCUUAUUUAUAUAUUUACAUUUGAUACUUAUGAUUCAGUUCUGAUUGAAACAAAAAAAGGAGAAUUAAGAAUAAAGAAUUUAGUAGUUCAAAAUAUAAUUGGAUAUGGUUUCAUGACAAAUAAGCAAAGUUAUUCAGUUAUCUUAGAUACAGUAGAUAUUAUAAAUUUCAUUAUUCAGAAAAGACCAUUAAUAUUUUUUGAUCGAUCAUUAGGUCCUAUAAUGAUUACAAAUAGUCAUUUUCAUAAUGUAUAUCAAAAUUAUACAAAAGUUAUUUGUGUUUAUUCUGAAUUUAAAUUAGAAGAAUCUAAGUAUUAAUGUACUUAUGAACCGUAUACAUUAUCAUCAUAAUUUAAUAAUUAUACAAAUCAAUGUGAAUAAAAUAUAACUAUUUCCUAUGAUUACUAAAAUCACAAUAUUUUUUAAAUAUUCCAAACAGAAUCUAAAGUGUUUAUUAAUUCUGUCAUUAUCUCAAAUAUAUAUUGUAUUAAUUGCAAUAUAUUUUAUAUGGAAUCAAACAAUCCUAUAGUAAUUUAACAAACUAAAUUUAUUUCAAAUAUUGGAAACAGUUCUAUUUUAUAUAUCAAAAAGAUUACUUAAAAUAGAUUACUAUUUACAUAUGCAGAUGAUUUAUAAACUAAUAUGGGUCAAAUUAUAAUAAAAAACACAUAAUUUAUUUAAAAUAAAGGAAUUAAUGGUGGUUGUAUUUAUGCAUCUGAAGUCUCUAUUUCAUGUUAUUCAGUCUUAUUUUAAAAUAAUACAGCAAUGUAUGGUGGGGCAAUUUAUUUGAAUUAAGGAUUUUUAGAAAUGACAGAUUCUUAGAUUAUAGGUAACAUUGCAUAAUCUGGAGCUGGUAUUUAUUCUACUAAUCCAUUAUCAAUAUAAUAAAAUAGAGCAAAUAUAAUUUUGGACAAUUAAGAAAAUGAGAUGAUUGGAUUUAUGUAAUCAUAACCAUCAAAAUUAGCAUUAUCAUUAGAUACUAUCAAAUUAUUUGAAAAUAGAGAAUAUUAUAGGAAUAAUAUUUGUUUAAUUGAAGAAGUUAAUAAUUUAAUAAUGUUGCCAAAUAAUGUGGAAAUCUAAAAUUAUUAAAUAUUGUCUGAAAAAUUUACUGAACAUGGUUUAGGUAAUUAACUAAAUUAUAUUUCAUCAUCAUAAAUCUAUAAGAAUUUAAAUAUACAGUUUAGAAUAAUACCAUUAAAUGAUUUCAAUGAAAGAUAAUAUCAUUUAUUAGAUACUUAAUGUACUAUUAGAAGUAGGCUUAUAUCAAAUAAUGAUUAAAAUUUUACUACAGAUUAUAUAUCAAUUGAUAGUGUUUAUUUCAAUAUGACUUCUCAAGAUUAUAAUUUAGAUAAUCUAAGAAUAUUAAUUAAUGAAGAUCUAUAAUUACAAAUAAAAUGUGAUUCUAUUAAGAUUCCUAUAUAUGAUAAUUAAAAUUAACAUAUAAUGUAGUUUCAUAAUAACUAUUCUAUAAUUAUUAAUGUUAAGACUUUUCCAUGUUAAAGAGGUGAAAUCUUGACUAAAUCAAUGUGUGUAUAAUGUGUUGGUUAAACAUAUUCUUUAAAAGAAAAUAGUCUCAAAUGUUCAAUUGGUGAUCUAGAAAUGAUAGAAAAUGUGAUACCAUCAAAUAUUGAAAUUAAACCCACAUAUUGGAGACCAUAUUUUGAUAAUGAUGAAAUCUAUUCAUGUAUUAUAAGUCCUGAAAAGUGUUUAGGUGGAUGGGCUGCAGGACCUGAUUCAUGUAUAUAAGGAAGUUUUGGAGCAUUAUGUGAAACUUGUGAUAUUUAUAAUAUUAGAGGACAAGGAUCAUAUUUUAAGUCAAAUAUGAAUUGUUAUUAAUGUUAAGAUUCAAAUCUAGCUUACUUUUCCUUAUUAAUAUUAGGUUUAUGGACAUUGAUUUCUAUGGUGAUAUCAGUAAAUAGUUCGCUUGAAACACUUAAAUUAGAAUUACUAAGAACUAAAUUGAAAGGAGGAGGUUUAAAAGCAUUUUCUGAUUCAUAAGAAUCAAGUUCAUUAUAUAAGAUGAUGUUUCAUUUUUUGUAAAUCAUAUCUACUUUAACAACUUUUUAACUUUAAUUUCCAAAUUUAGUAAGUAUAGCAAUUAGUAGUACAGGUUCACCAACAAAAUCUCUUGAAAAUUCAAUUGAUUGUUUUUUGAUCACAUUAAAAAUGGAUAUUUUGCAUUCAAGAAUAAUUUGGAUUAUAAUAGCACCUUGUUUAUAUUUAUGUUUUGUAUUUUUCAUAUAUUUCUUCGUUAUAUUAGCAAAAAGAUAAAAUAAUAAACAAAGUGUUUCAGCUAUCAUUUUAUUUUAAACCUUUGUAACUAUGUAACCUAGUAUGAUAGGAGUAUUGAUAUCAAUUUUAGGAUUUCGUGAAAUUUCAGGAUAUUAUUGGGUUAUUGGUGAUGUUUCUUAUAGAUAUGAUAAGAAUUUCUACUAUUCAUCUAUUUUAGCAAUUCCAAUAUUAUUUGGAUUAACAAUUAUAAUUCCAUUUCUAAUGUUUAUUAAAUUAUAUUAAAAUAGACAUAAUUUAAACAAAAUUAAAUCAACAUGGGGUUACUUAUAUUCUGAAUUUAAUGAAAAUGCAUAUUUUUGGGAACUUGUAAGAUUAGGUAUGAAAAAUCUUGUAAUUAUUAUUAUUACUCUAUUUGAUUAAUAUAUUGUACUUAAAGCUACAAUAGUAUUUUUAUUAAUACAAGCAUAUUAAUCAUUAACAAAAUUAUAUUAACCAUUUAAAACUAAGAAUUUAAAUAAGAUGGAAAAUUUUGGAUCAAAAGUUUUAUCUAUUAGUAUUGUCUUAGGAGCAUCUUCAUAUUAAAUGUUACAAACUAUGAUGAGAAAUUACAUUUACAUAUUCUAUGUUAUCAUAUUAGAAGUUAAUUGUUCAUUUUUAUAUUAUAUUUUUAGCAAAAUAAUCUAAGAAUAUGUUAACAAAAAUUAAAUUUUAAUUAACAAAAUUAAAAAUUAUAUCAAAAUUAAUUAUCCUCUUUUAUUAAGAUUACCUAUUUGUAAAAAAAUCUUUUAAUAAAAAAAAAUAAAUUCAUCGACUAUCAAAUUUAGAAAAGUUGCUCGAAUACUCAAAGAAUAAAUUCAAUUAUAAAAAAGAAAGAAUUUUAUGGAUUUAUAAUAAGAUGAUUCAAUAAUAGAAUUGUAAAGCCCUGAAAAUCUCCUUAAAUUAAAAGAACAUAAACAUAGAAUAAAUUCUUCUGGAUCUAUUAUGCUACUUAGUGAUCUAAGAGAUUCAAAAUUAUCAAGUAGAAUGAUAUCUGAAAGAAAUGCAUUAUAAAAAACUAAUGGGGGACAAUUUUUAUGA